AUGGCAGAUGGCUCAGAUGGGAGUAAGUCUGAGAUGGAUAAAGCACUCCCCCAGCACUGCCCAUACACUCCCCAGCACACUCCCCCAGCACUGCUCCAUACACUCCCCCAGCAGCAUACACUCCCCCAGCACUCCCCAUACACUCCCCCAGCACUCCCCAUACACUCCCCCUCCCCCUUAGCACUCCCCCAUACACUCCCCACUCCCCAGCACUCCCCCAUACACACUCCCCCAGCACUCCCCAUACACUCCCCAGCACUCCCCCCCCAUACACUCCCCCAGCACUCCCCCAUACACUCCCCCCAGCACUCCCCAUACACUCCCCCAUACACUCCCCCUCCCCCAUACACUCCCCCCAUACACUCCCCCAUACACUCCCCCAGCACUCCCCAUACACUCCCCCAGCAGCACUCCCCCAUACACUCCCCCAGCACUCCCCACACUCCCCCAUACACUCCCCCAUACACUCCCCCACACUCCCCAUACACUCCCCCAGCACUCCCCAUACACUCCCCACAGCACUCCCCAUACACUCCCCCACAGCACUCCCCCAUACACUCCCCAUACAGCCCCACUCCCCAUACCCCCCACAGCACUGCCCCAUACUCCCCACACUCCCCCAGCAGCACUGCCCAUACACUCCCCACAGCACUCCCCCAUACACUCCCCCAGCACUCCCCCAUACACUCCCCCAGCACUCCCCCAUACACUCCCCCACACACUCCCCAGCACUCCCCACUCCCCAGCACUCCCCCACUCCCCCCAUACACUCCCCAGCACUCCCCCAUACACUCCCCCCAGCACACUCCCCCAUACACUCCCCCCCAGCACUCCCCCAUCCCCCACACUCCCCCAUACACACUCCCCCAGCACUCCCCCAUACACUCCCCCCCAGCACUCCCCAGCACUCCCCCAUACACUCCCCAUACACUCCCCCAGCACUCCCCAUACACUCCCCAGCACUCCCCCAGCACUCCCCCAGCACUCCCCAUACACUCCCCCAGCACUCCCCCCCACUCCCCCCAGCACUCCCCCAUAUACACUCCCCAGCACUCCCCAUACACUCCCCAUACACUCCCCCAGCACUCCCCAUACACUCCCCCAGCACUCCUCCCAUACACUCCCCCAGCACACUCCCCCAUACACUCCCCCCAGCAGCACUGCUCCAUACACUCCCCCCAUACACUCCCCCAGCACUCCCCCAUACACUCCCCCCCCCAGCACUCCCCCAUACACUCCCCCAGCACUGCUCCAUACACUCCCCCAGCACUCCCCCCAUACACUCCCCCAGCACUGCCCCAUACACUCCCCCAGCCCCCCCAUAGCACUCCCCAGCAUUCACCCCCCCAUCCAGCACUCCCCACAGCACUGCCCCACUCCACUCCCCCCAGCACUCCCCCAUACACUCCCCCAGCACCCCAUCCCCCCCCCAUACACUCCCCAGCACUCCCCAUACACUCCCCACAUACACUCCCCCAGCACUCCCCCAUUCACACUCCCCCCAGCACUCCCCAUUCACUCCCCCAGCACUCCCUCCCCAUCACAGCACUGCCCCCCCAUACACUCCCCCAGCGCUCCCCCAUACACUCCCCCAGCACUCCCCCCCCAUUCACUCCCCCCCAGCACUCCCCAUACAGCACUGCCCCAUACACUCCCCCAGCGCUCCCCCAUUCAGCACUCCCCCCCAUACAGCACUCCCCAUUCACUCCCCCCCAGCACUCCCCAGCACUCCCCACAGCACUCCCCACAGCACUGCCCCCAUACACUCCCCCAGCGCUCCCCCAGCAUACACUCCCCCAGCACUCCCCCAUACACUCCCCCAGCACUCCCCAUAGCACUCCCCCAGCAGCACUCCCCAUACACUCCCCCCAGCACUCCCCCAUACACUCCCCCAGCACUGCUCCAUACACUCCCCCCCAGCACUGCUCCCCCAUACACUCCCCCCAGCACUCCCCAUACACUCCCCCAGCACUGCUCCAUACACUCCCCCACAGCACUCCCCCAUACACUCCCCCAGCAGCACUCCCCCAGCACUCCCCCCAUACACUCCCCCAGCACUGCUCCCCAUACACUCCCCACACUCCCCCAGCACUCCCCCAUACACUCCCCCAGCACUCCCCAUACACUCCCCCCAGCACUGCCCCCCAUACACUCCCCCAGCACUCCCCCAUUCACUCCCCCAGCCAGCACUCCCCACAGCACUGCCUCCCCAUACACUCCGCUCCCCCAUACACUCCCCAUACACUCCCCAGCACUCCCCCAUACACUCCCCCCCAGCGCUCCCCAUACACUCCCCAUACACUCCCCCAGCGCUCCCCCAUUCACUCCCCAGCACUCCCCCAUUCACUCCCCCAGCACUCCCCCCAGCACUCCCCACAGCACUGCCCCCCAUACACUCCCCCAGCGCUCCCCCAUACACUCCCCCAGCACUCCCCAUACACUCCCCAUUCACUCCCCCAGCACUCCCUCACUCCCCCACAGCACUGCCCCUUAACAGGGCCUGUAAACAACAGUAAGACUGACAAACACAGAAGGCAGCACUGA